AUGAUAUUGGAUGAAAAAACCAAGAAAAUUUUAAAAGUUUAUGGAACUGAUGCCGAGGUCAUGUACCUCUUAAGGGAUAAAAUGAAUUUUACAAUGAUAUUACAAGAACCUGAUAAAAACUAUUUUGGCUUAAAAUUGCCAAACGGCUCAUUUAUUGGUGGUAUCGGAUUAUUGAUUAGAAACGAAACAGAUAUUGUGAUAACUGGAUAUUUUAUUAAGGAUUACAACACACGAGAUGUUGAAUAUACAGUUGAAAUUUUGCAAAUUUAUGUUGAUACAUGGAUUAUCUGGGUACGUGUUGGAUUAAUUAAGCUACCUAAAUAUAAAUCUGGUCGAAUAUUCCUUUUAUCUGUAUCAAUAGUAAGUGUUAUAUUUGGCGCAAUAUUUGAAUCCAGUUUGGCCACAGUUUAUACAAAGCCGUUAUUUUAUCCUGAUAUAAAUACUUUACAGCAGUUAGCCAAAAAAGGCUAUAAAAUUUUAUAUAAAUAUGAAUCAAUGAAAGAUGAUUUGUUUCCAAAAAAUGUUUCCGCAACUUAUGAUUAUUUAGAUAGUAAAAUGACUUUGUCAAACAAAAAUGUUAGUUUAGUGAAAUCGAUGGUUGAAAAGAAGAAUUUUGCUUCUGUUAAUCGAUGGUUAGGUUUACAAUUACAAGAUUCAAAUUACUUUACAAGGAAGGUUUUGCAUGUUAUUCCAGAAUGCCCCAAAUUAUAUAUGUUAUCUUAUGUUUUGCAAAAAAAUUCACCCUAUGCCGAAAGAAUAAAUAACUUAUUGUUGGAAUUCCUUGCAUCUGGUUUGCUUAAUUACUGGACAAAUCAAAGAAAAUUAAAAGAAUAUCUUGCACACUUAAAAGAACCACUAAAUGAGAAUAAUUUUGCAAAAAUCACCAGUACAUUACAUUAUACAGCAAGUUCCGUUACAGAACUAUCGAUAUAUCCGGAUAUAUUUGUGCAACAUAUUUUUAGUUCUCUAACACUACUUCACAUUAGUGUUUUUAGGAAUCAAAAUUACGUACUGCCGUUGUGGAAUAUUGAAAUUCUACCUUUAUAA